GUUAUUGCGGCCGGAGGCUUCGAAAUCGAGAUCAAGAAAGGCGGAAAGCGCAUUUGAGGCAGCUCAAUAGAAGAAGUUCAGUUAAAGAAGUAACGAGAAAGUACAGAAGAAAUGCAAGGAGAACUAGUUUAAGACAUUUAGUUUAAAGGAAAAUUGGACAGAGCAGAGACUAACGAAGCAAAAGGAGUCAAAAGUUGUUGAAAGGUAGAGCAUUCUUUCUCAAGCCAAGGAGUUUUAAGCAUUCUGAAAAAAAAAGAUGAAAGUGAUGACAUUGUGAAUAACUGAAUGACAUGGAUGGUAAAUUAAUCUUGCAAGUUCAGAUCUGAUAAAACCCUAUUGUUCAGAUUCUGAAGACAUCACUUAUAAUACAUAUGAAAUUUAUGAUCUUAUAACAUGUGUUAGUAUCAUUGAUAGGGAGUGAAACUUUUGAUAUUGAUUGUCCAAAAUGUUAAAAUGAUGUAAAGGGGCAUUUAGAUGAACAUUUCGCAUUGGAAUAUAAAGACAGAGGAGAUAGUAAAGUCUGCAAAAAUUCUAACAACUAUAUGUUAUAUGUAGUGAAAGUACAUGAAAGAAUGUCAAGAAAGCAAUCUAGGCUCUUAACAUUCAUUUAAAAAAAAGCAGUGAGAAGGCACCUGAGAAUUACAAGUUUGAAGAGAGCUGAGAAAUGGCAUUUCACAACAAGGAUAAUGAAGAUGGGCAUGAAUACAAAGAGCCAGAUGAUGUAUCGGAAAUGAUGAAAAGCUAUGUCACAGCAGUAAAGCAAAAAGUGCAACAUCUGGAAACAGUUGUCAAUGACCAUAGUUAUAGUAAACCAACGUCAGCGACUGACCAUGGUGCAAGAAUCCCAGUGUCAGAGAAAACACAUAGUUUGGAAAAACCAGUUUCAAGGAAUGACUGUGCCUUAGGAAAAUCGGUGUCAGUAGUGACUUUAGGUGCUAAAGAUGGUAAUACAGAAGCAGUGUCUGUUUGUGUUGAUCUUAGGGAUGCAUCAUCAUCUUCAAUCAGUUCUACAUCAUCAUCUAUGCCACUGUCAUCAGUUACAGCUUCUUCUAAACAGUCAGCAGCUGGAAACUUAACAUCAAAUCCCUUAUCAAGUACUCCUUUUGCAGAUGUUGUUGGUGGAAUAAUUGACAAAAUGAGGCCCAUUCUACCUCUAGUAAGUCCUAGACAAUCAGCUGUUUGCAAUGAGAAGAGGAAGUCUUUAGAUCAUCAACAAAAUUCAGGGAAGUCAUCUUCUUUAUCUACUAAUUCAGCAACAUCAAAAAAAACAAAAACUGAACGAGUUGCAGCCCUACUAGACAUAAUAUAUGGCCGAGCAAGGAAACGAGCACAAAACUCUAAUUCACCAGUGAAUUCAGCGAAAACAACAACAACAGUGUUGCCAAGUCUCACAAGGCCUAGGGCCGGUCUAUCAGAGAUAGCAGGUAACAAUAAUGACAGUCUGCCAGUACCUAUGGAACCACAACCUGCAAUACAGAGCCUGACCCCGACACCACAGAAUGCUGGGGAACCAGAAAAUAAAAAUGAGCCACCAGAAUCGAGAUUUACAGAUACCCCUGGCAUAUCACAGUUGCAGUUUGCUCGAGUAACCUACUCUCCUGGGACUGCUAACCAUGCUUCAUCCAGUACACUAAGUGCUGAUGAAUGUGACAGUUUAGCAAGCUCUUGUGGCUUAUCUGUCGCAGCGACCUCCGAUUCUCAUGAUAUUAUGCAGUUAUAUGAGAUGAGUUGGGAACCUAACAGUUGGGAAUCUUGUAGGCGACCAUUUCUGGAUGCAUUAUUGUCAUACCUAGAGGAGAAGGGAACUCCAUUGUCUGUCAUGCCUUUCUUUAUGGGACAACCGUUGGAUCUUUUCUGCCUUUACAUGAAAGUGAAGAAAAAAGGUGGGAUGGUUGAGGUUACAAAAGCCCAGUGGAAUAGCAUUUGUAAGGCAUUCUGUGGCAGCAGUUCUAAGAAAGCUGUUACCCUACUCAGGGAAAGCUAUAUCAAAUAUUUGUUUGCCUUUGAAUGUCAGCAUGAUCGUGGUGGAAUGGAUCCAGCACAGAUACUUGAAGAUGAUGAAUACAGAAAACUGAAUAUAAUGCCUCCACAAGGAUCACAAGAGUCUCGAAAUAGAAUGCCAAGUGAUCCCAAAAUGGUAAACAUUAAUGGGCCUCAUGGUGCACCUGUGAUAGGGUCAGGCAACAUGGUAGGUCCAUAUGACAUGGGUCCUUGCAUGCAGGGGCUGGGCCACAUGAUGGGGUCAAUGGGCUAUCAGAAUUAUCCUAACUUUGCUUACAUAAUGCAAGAUGGACCUAACUCAGUGAUGGACUCCAACAUGGGACCCCAAAUUGGCCAGAAUCCAUUCACAGAGGAACUAUAUCCUGGACAGAGUACUGGACCACAGGUGCUGCCAUAUUCGUCUGCUGAAGAAAAUGUUUCGAGUUCACCAUCUAACUCUACAAUGUCUGUAAACAGUGGCUCCAUGACAUUACAAAACUCGAAUCAUCCUCGAAAUGGUAGCACAGCAUAUGUGAAUCAAACAGGGAAAUGGCAGACCCCACUUCAUGCAGAUAUACAUAUGGAAAAUCAAUAUAUGCAUAUGUACAAAUGCAAAAAAUGUGGCAAACAUUUUCAGGCUCUCAAUGCAUUUCUUAUACAUGUGAACAGGGGAAUCUGUAUAACAGAAAAGAAACAGCCUAAAUAUAAAUGCAGGAAAUGUGGAAAAUUGUUCAAAACUUUAAUGAGAUUUUCUAAUCAUCAGAACAACACCAGUUGUAGAACUGAAGAGCAAAAGUCACAAAAUACAUGCAAGAAAUGUGGUAAAUGCUUUCAGUCUUUCAAAGACUUUGUUCUUCAUGUUAAUGGGGGAAGUUGUAGAAUAGGAAUUGAAAAAUCAAUGUUUGAUUCUAAUUUAGAAGGACAGAAGCCAGAUGGAAUAGCAAGAGAGAGUAAUCCCCAGUGUGAACAACAUACUGCCAGUAUAAAUGACGUUUCUGAGAACUCUGGAAUGGGGAAAGUGCAGAGUACUGUUAAACAGUCAAGCCAAUCUUUAAUUAACCAGAAAGUUCUCAUAAAGAAAGGUAAUGCUUUCUAUUCAGGGAUUAUUAGGAUAUGCAAUAGAAAGGGGACUGUUGGUGUUUUAUUUGAUGGGGAUGAAGAAAUAACUUACCUAGUGAAUUCAGACUCGCGAUAUAUAAUUUCAAACUCCAUUCCUUCAAGUGACGAACUUGCUGUUGGAUGCAUGGUAUGCGUAAGGCUGAACUCAGCGCGGGACAAGUUUUAUGAAGGAGAGAUCCUGGAAAUAAAAGUUGGACAGCUGGUUUGGUACAGGGUUUGCUUGGUUCUUGAUAAACACAAAAAGACAUUUGGUGAAGAUGUUUGGGUUACAAAGACAGAAGUAAGGUUGUUACAGCAGUGCUGUUUCACAACAGGCAGUGGGAAGUUGCAUGUUCUAGCAAAGUUACAAAACCAGGUCAGCGAAGAGAGUGAUGAUUCUUGCAACAAGUUUAACGACAAUCACAAUGUUCACAAUCACAGUGAAAGAUAUUUAGAGCAUGAUAAUGAACAUGGCUCUGAUCAAGAAACAAUGAAUUAUGCCUCAGAUGCAGAACAAAGAAUUGAAGAAAUAGAGCAAUAUGUAAAAUCGGAAUCGAAUGUUGACAAUCAGGAUACUUGUUCAGACCAGGGUAAUUAUAAAACAAUUAAAGUAGAAAUUAUAUCAGAGUCAAGUGAUGAUGGAAAAGAUGAAAAUAAAAAUGGUCACAAACACAUGGAAACUCUGUUGAAGAAGAAAAAACUCAAAAAGAAAAAUGACAGGGCAAAAAAAUUACAGGCAGGGCUUCCUGUAGAUAAAUCAGCUGAUAAAAACAGUGAAAAUGAAAUAGAACAUAAAUGUGAUUAUUGCGAUGAUAUUUUUGAGGAUGCUGUUAAACUCAGGCAGCAUAGAAACAUACAUAUACAGAAAAGACCCUUCUUUUGUGAGUUUUGUGAAAAAUCCUUCCUAGGAAAGGUUCAGCUAAGUCAGCAUUUAUUGAUUUGUUGGAGUAAAGAUUUAGGGAAAAAUAAAAUAGGUAAGAAAACGAAUUGUACAAAAAGUCCAAAAAUGACGCAUACCAGCAAGCUUACAAGAGAGGGAGCUUCCAUCCCGUUAAAGGAAUUCCAGUGUCCUACAUGCAAAAGAAUGUUUUCCCACUAUAAUUCCUUACAGAGGCACAACAAAAAUCUUCAUGGGAAUAAGACAGUACUUGGUAACUCUGAACGUAAAAAAUACUAUUGUUCAUUCUGUACUGCAUCGUUCUUUUCCUACCAAGGCUUGUAUCUACACAAAAAAAAGUUGCAUAAGAAUGGGAAAAUGACUUCUUUGACAUCCAUAACAAAGAAAUAUGAAUGCACGCUUUGCCAGACAUAUUUUAGUUCUCAUCAGAGUUUACUAAGACACAGUAUGACUAUUCAUAAAAGUGAUGAAAAGCAGGUUUUGCACGAUAGGAAAAUGUUCGAUUCUGAUUCUUUGAAGAAAAAAUUAAACAUUACGAAGGAAAUAAAAAGUCACACAGGACAAAAAUGGGGUGCAUCAUUUUUAUGUGGUAUUUGUAACAAACAAUUUAGUCGGACUUCUUAUUAUUUACAUAAAUUUGUUCAUUUGAAGAAGAAACCGUUCUCAUGCAGCAGAUGCAAAAGACAGUUCAGUCAAAGGAUCAAUUUUAACACGCAUAAAUGUGUAACAGGAACUUGUAAUUUCAAGUGUGAAUAUUGCAAUGCAUUGUUUUCAUCAGAACAGGCAUUAAAGAUACACAGAAGUUAUCACACAGAAGAAAAUGUAAAGAAGAAAUACUGUUGUAAAUAUUGUGAAAAGAAAUACAACAGCAAGUUUCGUUUGCAGUCUCAUAUGCAGGUUUGUAAAACUGUGCACUGUUCUUCGCAGAUAUUGCAGGAUAAAGAAAAGAAUUCAGACAGAAAUAAAGAAAUCAAAGGGCAUCUUCUUCCUAGAGAAAUUGAUCAGAGCCAUCAGAGCCAAGAUGGAAAGGCUUGUUUGAUUUGUAGCAGGCAGUUUUCUACAAAAUCUGGUCUUCAGAUGCACAAUUACCAUGCCCACAGAGGCAGUAAAUCGGAAAAGAAAUCAACUGAGGCAGUCAGCCAUCAGAACCAAGAUGGAAAGACUUGUUUUAUUUGUAGCAGGCAGUUUUCCACAAAGUUUGGUCUUAAGAUGCACAAUUACCAUGCCCACAGAGGCAGUAAAUCCGAAAAGAAUUCAACUGAGGCAGUCAGCCAUCAGAACCAAGAUGGAAAGGCUUGUUUGAUUUGUUGCAGGCAGUUUUCCACAAAGUUUGGUCUAAAGAUGCACAAUUACCAUGCCCACAGAGGCAGUAAAUCGGAAAAGAAAUCCACUGAGACUGUUAAGAGUCCAAAGGAAACAGAAGAUGACAAUUUAAGACUCUCAACCAAAUGUGAAGUUUGUUCAAAAAUAUUUUCAAGUGUUUUUGCUCUGAAAAAGCAUUCUUAUAUACAUCUGGAUGUCAAGCCAUUUAAAUGCAUAAAAUGUGAGAAGACCUUUGCUCAGAAAGUACAACUUAAGCUUCACAAGUGUAAAGCAUCACCCAAAUGUGAAGUUAGUUCAAAAAUAUUUUCAAGUUUUUCUGAUCUGAAAAAGCAUUCUUUUAUACAUCUGGAUGUCAAGCCAUUUAAAUGCAUAAAAUGUGAGAAGACCUUUGCUCAGAAAGUACAACUUAGGCUUCACAGGUGUAAAGCAGGACCUGUAAAAGGAGUCAGAUGUAAUAUUUGUUCAGAAACAUUUUCAAGUGCCCUUGCACUGAAGAGGCAUAAAUGUAUAAAAGUGGGCAGUAAGACUUUUAAGUGUCUAAAAUGUAGGAAGACAUUUGAGAACAAAUGGCAGAUUCAUCUUCAUAGAAGAGCAGAAGAAUGUGAAGCAAGCCGCUUAAAGUGUGAAAUUUGUGCUGGAACCUAUUCAAGUUUAAAUGCACUGAAGAAACAUAGGAAUAUUCAUCUUGAAAUCAAGCCAUUUAAAUGCAAAAAAUGUGAGAAGACAUUUGCUCAGAAUUGUCAGCUUAAACGUCACAAUAAAAACCCUUGUGGAUCUACGACAAUAAAGAGAAAUUGCGAUGUAUCCACCUUUGAUGCAGAUUUGCAGCAUCAAGAGAAAAAUAGAAACUCACCAGACAAUCCAGAAGUCUCAUCUCACACAUGUGCAAUAUGUUCAUCUACCUUUAGGAGUGGAGAAGAACUUCAUAGACAUUUCAAACUGUCAAGAUGCGCACUAGGAUCGUUCAGCAAGCUGUCUCAUAUUGGAGAACCAACUAUGCAACAAGACUUUACUCCAGAACAAAUGGGAACAAAAAUGGUCAAGUACGAGUGUGGUACAUGUAAUAAGGCAUUUUCUGACUGCUCAUUUCUGGAGCUGCACAUCUCGAGUGGUUGCCCUGGGAAAUUAGUAAAAUCAGAAUGCUGUUCAGAGGGAGUGGAAACAGACGUCGUGUUCGGUUUAUUUGAGUGUGGACUUUGCCUGUUGAAUUUUAGUUCUGAUUUAGAUAUGAUAUCACAUUUUAAGUUGGAACAUGGUGAAUUUCAAGACGAAGCUCAGGAUGCAGUAAGUUACGCAUGCGGUAAAUGUAAUAGUGAAUUUGAUUCCAGCAAAAAUCUUGAUGAUCACAUGCAACACUGUUUCCAAGAAAACCUUUCUUCAGUUUUUACAUGUGGACUUUGUCAGAAAGACUACAGAAAUGUAAAUGAAUUGGAGUUACAUAUAUCAGAAAAUCACACACAGUCAGAGUAUUUAUGCGGACAGUGUGGACUUUCGUUCAACUCCUCUAAAAUUUUGGUCAGUCACAUUGUUGAAAAACAUUCUGGUGCCAAAGACAACACUGAAGCUUAUGUCAGUAUGACCAAAGUAACAUGUACAGAUAACUCACCUCAAGCUGGAAGUCCUCAGAGCAAAGAAGAUAAAUCAAAUGAAGCAAUUGUUCUUGAAGAAACUGCAGAUCAAGGUGCCGGUGAUAUUGGAUAUAACACAGAGGAUGAACAAGCUAAUAUAGGCAGAGAACAAACAACCCAUAGUGAAAGGAAUGGCUUUAAGGAUAACCGGUUUAUACCAAGUAUGUCUGAUAUUUCAAAUACCAAGUUGAAAACACAGAAGGAAAAAAUAGAGGUUUUGAAAACUAAUCUAUCAGGUAUGUUUACAAACACAAGAACAAGUUUAAAAGACAAAGUACACAAUAGAUCUGAUAAGAAGUCAGAUGAUUCAUAUAGGAAACAAACCCGUUUGAGACCAAGAGUUAAUACAGUAUACUCACAUUUGUAUACGCAGAAGUCAGUUGCAAGCAAAAACAGUGACAUCUGUAAGAGUAAGCCACAUGGCAAAGGUAUUCUUCCAAAAAAGAUUUCUCAGUCUUUUGAUGGUGUUGAAACUGUGCCUACUAGCUUGUUGCUAAGAUACUUGCACCAGGUACAGUGUCUUGGCUGUUUUAAUAUAACAGUACUUAAUGCCAGUGGGAGAUGUUCUUUUUGCCAGAAGUCAGUAGUUGUGAAACUGCACCAAUUCAUGUGUAUUUGCAGGCAUUCUUGUUUUAGAUCAGUAGAUGUGUUAACUACACAUUUUCGUGGAUGUGAAACUUUACAGGCAGCUGUAUCAAGCAAGAAAAAGCUUGUAAUCUAUUCUGAACAAGAAGGUACACAAAAGAUCAGAGAAGUUGAUACUGCUGUGCACACGAAAGACUCUCAAAGUGAAUGUUACUCUUUGCCUGUUAAGACUGGUUUCCUUUUGAGAAAUGCACAUGUUAAUGACAAGCCGAUUUCAGAAUGUACUAGGGAAGGAAAAUCAGUGCAUGAGGAACAAACACGCAGUAGUUUAAACCAAUCUGAAUCUCCAUUUAGUUCAGAUUCUUUGCUGCAAGAGAGAACUUAUGGAAACAGUUCCAAUGGAAAUGGGACUGUGCUUUAUGGUCAUUCAAGUAAAAUAAAUGAAAAAGACAGUGGAGAAAUUCCAGAAAGUAACGAAGAAAAUGUCAAAUACACACAUACACGUGUGAAAGCUGACAAAAUACAAGUUGUGGAUGCAAGGGAAAAUGAUGAGCCAAGUUAUGUCACUAUAUCAGACAAUAAUGAAAGUGAGGUUUCCGAGUCAGAUUCAUCUGGAUUUGAAGAAAUAUAUAUUGAUGAAGGUAAUAUUUCAAAUAAAAGUAAACAUGCAAGAAAGGACAAUAAUGACAAAAGUUUUGCUUCUUCUAAAACUGACUUACAAAGAGUGCGUGUUGAAGAUAGUGUUUCUGAUAAAGAAAGAUGUGACCAAAGUUUGAUAAAUUUCAAUAGUAUGUCAUGUAAAGUGGUUGUGGAGCGAAUGCUUCCAUCAGAAGUUGAAAACUAUCUUCGCAAGAGAAAGAGAGUACCUCCUACAGAGGAGUAUGAAAGUCCAAGGAAAAAACAAACUAGGAAAGACCAGUUACAUGGAAAUUUAGCUGAAAGAGGAGCUAAGUCUGAAAAGAGGAAUGAUGAUGUUAGAAAAGUAAAACCGAUUGUUAGGAGAUAUGUUGAACAAAAUGAUGAUGAAAGAAAUUUUGAAGCAUUAGAUACGAUUGUCAUCAGUUCAGAUUCUGAUGAGGGCAUUGAAUCUACUGAUGUUACUGAAGUGCAUAGAACAUAUUCCAAUACAAGUAAUGAUUUACGUAAGAAGAGAAUAUCUGGUGUCGAAAAUACAUCAAACAGCUCUUUAGUGUCAAAGAAUAAGUCAGUUGCGAGGAAAAGAGGACAUCCUAGAAUGUCGAAUAGGAAAGAACAUAGUGUACAGAAAUUGAGAUGUUCUCCCAGGUCGCGUUCUCUAAAAACUUCAGAAUCAUCAAAGUCUUUUGAAAAUGAUAGAAAUGCAACUGUUGAUAAGCCCCAUAUUUGCACUGAUAAUGUUCAAAGUGGAGAGAUUAAGGACAGCUCAAAACCUGAGAAUCUGAAAAGUUAUUCUCCCUUGAAGUUUUUGGAAAAAUCAGAACAAAUAUCACCAGAAGUUGAUCAAAUACAAGACAAGAAACAUUCACUUUCAGAUGAGGUGUUCACUUGUGAAAUAUGCACGUUGCAGUUUUCUUGUACUCAUGAUUUAGCAGUGCAUGCAAAGACUCACUUAAUAUCUGAACUGUUUAAAUGUUCAAAGUGUGAGCGGGUGUUCAGUUCUGAAGACAGUCUUAAUGCACAUUUGGACAACCAUAAAAAGGCAGAGGAAUUUCUAUGUGGAAUUUGUCAGGCAAUAUUUAGAAGCACGAACGAGUUAGAAAAUCACAUGUUCAAACAUUUUGAGAGUGUUGUUACAAAGAAAAACCUGCCUGCAUGUGUUGCCUCCUCAGAAACAAUGGAGAUAGUAGAUGCUGAUAGCAGUAGUACUGUUGAAUGUUCUGCACGAAAAGAUGUUGGUAAAAGCAACAGCCUGAUAUCAAAACUGAUUGCAUACAAACCAAAUAUAAAUCUAUGACAGAUUUCUUAUGUACUUCUUGAUUUUUUCUACAAUGAGUUUUUAUACUUUGAAUGGUUUGGCUCAUUAAAACAAAGUGUGCAUGACUGUGUUGUUCAUAUUGUACAGAAUCAGUUAAUUAUUAAGUAUUGUGUUACGAAAUAUUGCUUAAUGUACCUGAAGGUUUUACCUAAUUAUUUUAGUUUUUGUUAUAUACAUUGUAUUUUAAGAUUUAAAAAUUAUUGUUAAAUUUACUUUGAGAGGAAUUCUUUUUAUGUUUUAGAAAUAAACAAGAGAACAAGAUAACACUGCAAUUUGCAUGUGGAUCUUUAUGAAAUAACUAGAUUAAAUUAAGGUUCAGUUAUACAUGGCAGAGCUAGAUGAAUUCUUUGCAUCAUUUUAGCUCCUUUAAGCUAUUUUCAUUUGAAACAUUGAAUGCAGGUAGCAGAUCCUAGUAUUUGGUUUUAUUGACAAUAAAACGAGUAAAAAAUGGUUAAAUUGGGUUUUUUUCCGUGAUAAUGUCUUAAAUCUUGAGAAAACAGCCAUGUUUUAAGGAUUUUAAAUGCAUAUAUCUCUUAACAUGUUUUACAUGUCAGAACAUUCAUACAUAUACAUUUUUAUGCCCCCGGCAUCUACUGAUGCGGGAGGCAUAUAGUGAUUUUCCUGUCCGUUCGUUCGUCCGUCCGUACGAGGUUAACCAAAUGGGACCGUUUCGUCUAUCAUAAAUACUCCUUACUAGAAUGACUUGAUGCUAUUGCAGAUGUAACCUGUGACCAUUCCUCAUCUUCAAACAUCACCUGACCUCAGUUUGACCUUGACCUCGUUUUGGACUUUGGUUGCUUUAUAUGGGCCAUCUCUUGGUUAACCAAGUGGAACCGUUUCGUCUAGCAUCAAUACCCCUUACUAGAAUGACUUGAUACUAAUGCAGAUGUAACCUGUGACCAUUCCUCAUCUUCAGACAUCACCUGACCUCAGUUUGACCUUGACCUUGACCUCGUUUUGGACUUGGGUUGCUUUGUAUGGGCCAUCUCUUGGUUAACUAAAUGGGACCGUUUCGUCUAGCAUCAAUACCCCUUACUAGAAUGACUUUAUACUAAUGCAGAUGUAACCUGUGACCAUUCCUCAUCUUCAGACAUCACCUGACCUCAGUUUGACCUUGAACUUGACCUCGUUUUGGACUAAGGUUGCUUUGUAGCGACAAUGCUGCCAAUGGGGGCAUCAGGCGUUAAAUGAACGCAGCUCGUUGUCUGUUUUGUUUUAACAUGUUUUAAGGAUUUUAAAUGCAUAUAUCUCUUAGCAUGUUUUACAUGUCAGAACAUUCUUACAUGUACAUUUUCUGUUCAUAAACUGUUUUAAUAAUAAUUAUGUUAAAAGGAUUUUUAGCUCACCUGAGCACGAAGUGCUCAAAGGUGAGCUUUUGUGUUCGCCCUCUGUCCGUCGUCAACAAUUUGACUGUUAACACUCUAGAGGUCACAAUUUUGGCCCAAUCUUAAUGAAACUUGGUCAGAAUGUUACCCUCAAUAAAAUGACGAGUUCGAUAUUGGGUCAUAUGGGGUCAAAAACCAGGUCACCAGAUCAGAUAAAAGGAAAAGCUUGUUGACACUCUAGAGGUCACAAUUUUGGCCCAAUCUUAAUGAAACUUAGUCAGAAUGUUACCCUCAAUAAAACCUUGGAAGAGUUCGAUAUUGGGUCAUCUGGGGUCAAAAACUAGGUCACCAGGUCAGAUCAAAGGAAAAGCUUGUUAACACUAGAGUUCACAAUUUUGGCCCAAUCUUAAUGAAACUUGGUCAGAACGUUACUCUAAAUAAAAUCUUGGACGAGUUCAAUAUUGGGUCAUCUGGGGUCAAAAACUAGGUCACCAGGUCAAAUCAAAGGAAAAGCUUGUUAACACUGUAGAGACCACAUUUAUGACUAUGUCUUCAUGAAUCUUGGUCAGAAUGUUAACCUUGAUGGUCUCAAGGUCCAGUUUGAAUCUGGGUCAUGUAGGAUCAAAAACUAGGUCACCAGGUCAGAUCAAAGGAAAAGCUAGUUAACACUCUAGAGGUCACAAUUUUGGCCCAAUCUUAAUGAAACUUGGUCAGAAUGUUAUCCUUAAUAAAAUCUUGGACGAUUUCGAUAUUGGGUCAUCUGGGUCAAAAACUAGGUCACCAGGUCAGAUCAAAAGAAAAGCUUGUUAACACUGUAGAGACCACAUUUAUGACUAUGUCUUCAUGAAUCUUGGUCAGAAUGUUAAUCUUGAUGGUCUCAAGGUCCAGUUUGAAUCUGGGUCAUGUAGGAUCAAAAACUAGGUCGCCAGGUCAGAUCAAAGGAAAAGCUAGUUAACACUGUAGAGGCCACAUUUAUGACUGUAUCUUCAUGAAACUUAGUCAGAAUGUUUAUCUCGAUGAUUUUAGGUCAAGUUCGAAUCUGAGUCAUGUGAGGUCAAAAAGUAGGGCACCGGGUCAGAUCAAAGGUAAAGCUAGUUAACACUUUAGAGAUCACGUUUAUGACCAUAUCUUUAUGAAACUUGGUCAGAAUGUUAAUCUUGAUGAUCUUUAGGUCAAUAGUCAGGUGAGCGAUACAGGGCCUUCAUGGCUCUCUUGUUAUGUUUUGCAUGACAAAACACCCACACUUACUUUUUAAUAAAGUGUACUUAAUAAACUCCAUAGUAGUAGCAAUUGUUUCUUCAUGAUAGUUUCUUUACCUAAACAUAAUGCUCAGAAGUCUAUCCUGAGUUAAGAGACCACCUGUCUUAAGACACCACUAUUCUGAUUUCCCCUAUGCGGUCGCUUAAGACAGGUUUGACUGUAAUUAUACAUAAUAGUUGAAUAUUUGAACUUUGGAUUAUGCAUAAUCUAAAUGUUAACUUGUGCUUUGGAUUUUGUGUCACCAUAGCCACAAAUGUUAUAAAAAUCAUGAAAUCAUUGCGAUUAUUAUUACUACAGUGUAUUAGUUAGAAAUUUACUUUGUUUCCUUAAUACAAAACAUUUUUAGCUCACCUGUCACAUAGCGACAGGGUGAGCUUUUGUGAUCGUCCGUGGUCCUUCCACAAUUUCCUUAUGAACACGAUAGAGGCCACAUUUUGUACUUAAUUUUAAUCAAACUUGCACACAACUUGUAUGGGCAUAAUAUCUCGUUUCCUUUCGAAAACUGGCCAGAUCCUAUCAUGGGUUCCAGAGUUAUGGCCCCUUAAAGGGCCAAAAUUUGCCAUAUUUGGCCUGUGAACACGAUUGAGACCACAUUUUGCGAUCAACUUUAAUAAAACUUUGACACAACUUGUCUGCACUGUUCUUUAUUCAGUCAGGCCACAUGUGGUUCUGGGACGAUCUAUGUAUGAAAAGAAUUGGAACCACUGCCUUACCCUUGCAUGAUCGUAAGAGGCGACUAAUAGGGUCUUAACACUUAGUUUUGCUGUAACUCUGUGAUUCCAUCAGGUAUGCAAAUUUUGAUUCCAUACCUCAUAUUUUUAUUUCGAUGUAAAUGAGAUGUGAAACCAAAAUCUGUAGUCCUGUUUGGCGCCAUAUAACCUAUACUGUGUUGGUGCGCCGUAAAACCCCAAUAAAUAAAUACAUGUAAAUAAAUUAUUCAGUUAGUAUAUUUUCAGUGAACAUCCCUCGAAUAGUAAAUAGUAUUGCCCAAAUUAAAUGUUUGACCAGUCCAUUUUAGAAAUUUAGCAGGCUAAGGGUUAAACAAACCUCUUUAUUGAUCUUCAUCAAACUUUCCUCUGUAGCAUCAUUUCGAGGUUCUUUCCCAGUUUGGUUCAGAUGGGACACUUGGUCCCUUUUAGAAGCUGCUAAAGCAAGACUUUAUCUAAACAGCCUCCACAUAUUUAAAUGAUCUUUUCCCUUUAACCACUUUGCAAGUCUUUAUUAAACCUGGUCUGUAGUAUUUUUUGUUAGCUCACUUGUCACGUAGUGACAAGGUGAGCUAUUGUGACCGCUUAAUGUCCGUUGUGCGUAGUACGUCGUCCGUCAACAAUUUCUAAAAAAUUCUUCUUGAAAACCACUGGGCAGAAUUACACCAAACUUCACAGGAAUGAUCCUUGGGUGGCCCCCUUUCAAAAUUGUUCAAAGAAUUGAAUUCCAUGAAAAGCUUUAAAAAUCUUCUUGUCCAAAACCACAGGACCUAUUGCUUUGAUAUCUGGUGUGAAGCAUCAUCUAGUGGGCCUCUACCAUAAUUAUUCAAAUUAUCCCCCUAGGGUCAAAUAUGGCCUCUUCCCGGGGGUCACAUGGUUUAUAUAGACUUAUAUAGAGAAACCUUUGAAAUUCUUUUUUUACAAAACCACACGGCCUAGGGCGUUGAUUAUUGGUAUGUAGCAUCACCUAGUGGUCCUCUACCAAGGUUGUUCAAAUUAUCUCCCUAGGAUCAAAUAUGGCCCCGCCCCGAGGGUCCAAAGUUUUACAUAGAGUUAUAUAGGAAAAAAAGUUUAAAAAUCUUCUCGUCUGAAACCACAACACUUAGACCUUUGAUAUUUGGUUUGUAGCAUUAUCUUAUGGUCCUCAACCGGAAUUAUUCAAAUUGUACCCCUGGGGUGAAAAGAGGCCCUGCCCUGGGGGUCUCAAGUUUUAUAUAGCCUUGGGUAGGAAAAAACUUUUAAAAAAACUUCUUGUCUGAAACCAUACAACCUAGACUUCUGAUAUUUGGUAUGAUGCAUUGUCUAAUAGUCCUCUACCAAAAUUGUUCAGAUUAUACCCCUGGUGUUAAAAGAGGCCCCACUCUGGGGUCACUUAGUUAUUAUGUGAGUUAUAUAGGAAAAAAAUACUUAAAAAUCAUUUGAUCCUAUUUCCAAGACUGUUUAAUUAUAAUUACCUGAUGAGCCCAAGUAAUAUGAUGUCACUUGACCUACUGAUCUACUUUCUUGUUUUUUAAGAUACAGCCUUGAAAUUUUAAUGACAUACACAGUUUUGCACACCAGUCGUAAAACUGAAUUUCAUUGACCAUGAAUGUGACCUACUGACUUUCUUAAUAAAUUAUCAUUUGUUUGACAUUUGAAACAUGUAGCUCAUAUUACUCAGGUGAGCGAUCCAGGGUCAUCAUGACCCUCUUGUUUUACCUACUGGACAAUAGAAAGUAGAAUAAUUAUUAGAAUAAAAUAAUGAAAACUGUAA